AUGAUUAUUAAUUACAGCACUGCAUCACACACUAUUUGUUCGCCGGGGAGGGACGCAGAGGAAAAGCCGCAGGAGGGAACCGCAUCCGUGUUGCGGAGGAAGAAGCAAGACUCCGUCAUUGUUCACUGUCCCUCAAGAGUGAGAAUUCAUGCAACAAAUCCAGCCCACUUCUUCAAACGACUCGGGUUUGCAGUCCAAGAAAAUGCUGCCCAGUCUUCUGAACAUUUAGAGCAGACUAAUCUAACCCCUCCCAGCUUAAACCUUCCUGCGUUCAAAUUUGACUUGGAUGGGGAUGUGGAAGUCCAGUCACCAGAUAGUUCCAUGUGGGAGUCUUUCUUCUCCGAUCAGUUAGACGCCGAUUUCAUGAUCUCUUCGCCGGUGAGGAGCAUGCCUUCCCCUCAAGCUUCUACCUACAACUGCAACUACAACUAUGCUCAGGCAAUGCAGGGACAGAGUCUCUCAGGUUGUUCACCUCCGCGCUUCUCAUCGCAGAUCGGAGCACUUGCCAGCGCCCACAAAGGUAAAGGACUCAGUCCCCUCCAUAGGGUAAACUCUCCAAACAACCAGUAUAUACAGCCCGUGGAGAACCUUUCACUUCGGACCAUAGAAGAAUUCUUGGGGGACUAUCAAGGGGAUCAUGGACUCGCUGGUGGAUAUUCAUCCACUAAACUGUCUGAUAUUGGAAGUUCAUCAGACUGCUUUGACAUAUCAGCUUCAAUCCCGCCCAUUUUGGACAGCUUGACGAUGGCAAGUUCUUCAAGAUACUGUGGAUCAUUGAACGAAGAAUCUUUAAUGCCGGAUGGCUCUCAAUCCGAAGAGAGUGACGUGCAUCAGAUGAGCGCAUCUCUUUCACAAGCUCUGCAGCAAGAACGCCAGCAAGAGAAACAGCAAAAGCAGCAAUCGGAACAGCAAUCACACUCACAGCCACAUAGCUUGAUGGUGCCUAUUCCUAUAGGGACCGAGCAGGAGCAAGACAGUGGACUUCAACUGGUGCACCUGCUAUUAGCCUGUGCUGAGGCAGUGGCCAAAGAAGAAUACAUGUUGGCAAGAAGGUACUUGCACCAUCUGAAUCGUGUAGUAACACCUCUUGGUGACUCCAUGCAACGAGUCGCGUCCUGUUUCACCGAAGCCUUGAGCGCAAGACUCGCAGCCACUCUCACCACCAAAUCCAUCAUCAACUCCUCCAACCCUAAGCCAUCCUUCUCUGGUUUCCCGCAACACUCCAUAGAAAUCCUCAAGAUAUACCAAAUCGUCUACCAAGCUUGCCCUUACAUCAAAUUCGCCCACUUCACCGCAAACCAAGCAAUCUUCGAAGCAUUCGAGGCCGAAGAGAGAGUGCACAUAAUCGACCUAGACAUCCUCCAAGGUUACCAAUGGCCCGCGUUCAUGCAAGCACUAGCAGCCCGACCCAGUGGAGCCCCGUUUCUCCUGCGAAUAACUGGCGUCGGGCCCAGCAUCGAGGCCGUGAGGGAAACGGGCCGGUGCUUGACGGAGCUAGCCCACUCUCUCAACAUCCCCUUUGAAUUCCACCCGGUGGGCGAGCAACUAGAAGAUCUCAAGCCCCACAUGUUCAACCGUCGGGUCGGAGAGGCAUUGGCGGUGAACUCCGUGAAUCGGCUUCACAGGGUCCCAGGAAACUGCAUGGGAAAUUUACGAAUAAUAAGGGACCAAGCCCCCAACAUCGUAACCCUUGUGGAGCAAGAAGCGAGUCAUAACGGACCGUAUUUCCUGGGCAGAUUUCUGGAGGCACUGCAUUAUUACUCAGCGAUUUUCGAUUCUCUGGACGCGACGUUUCCGCCGGAGUCGGCGCAGAGGGCUAAGGUGGAGCAGUAUAUAUUUGCGCCAGAAAUAAGGAACAUAGUGGCCUGUGAAGGAGCGGAGAGGAUCGAGAGGCACGAGAGGUUGGAGAAAUGGAGGAAGAUAAUGGAAGGGAGAGGGUUCAGGGGGGUGCCACUGAGUCCGAACGCGGUGACUCAGUCGAAGAUAUUGCUGGGUUUGUAUUCGUGCGAUGGAUAUAGGUUGACGGAGGACAAAGGUUGCUUGCUACUGGGAUGGCAAGACCGAGCCCUAAUUGCUGCAUCUGCAUGGCGAUGCUGA